CGCGAAGGCCGUCAAAAUAGCACCUCGACCAAGACUAAGCUGGUGAGAGUGCUAUGUAAUAUCUUGAAUCAUUGUCGAGGGUCUGCUCUUGUUUUUGCCAAACAACGCACGGAAUACAGAACACAAUGGCGCCGACUCCUACCCCGGGUGCCAACGACCCCUUGGCUAAUUUUUAUGCGAAAGUUGAUGAGCUCGAAAGCGUCUUCAUUGAACGACUCGGGGAUGCAGUCAAGAUCCCAUCAAUCUCUGCCCAAGCAGACCGGAGGAAGGAUGUAUUCGAGAUGAGUGAAUGGGUCGCCGCCAAGAUGAGAACUGUCGGGAUCGACGUCACACUCAAACCUCUUGGCAAGCAAGCGGGCACCGACCUUGAGCUUCCACCCUUGGUGCUGGGACGAUACGGCAAGGACCCGCAAAAGCCAACAGUCCUCGUGUACUGCCAUUACGAUGUCCAGCCCGCCUCUCUCGAGGACGGCUGGAAGCACGAGCCGUUCGUGAUGACGGUCGAGGACAACGGCAGGCUCUGCGGGCGCGGCACUUCGGACGACAAGGGCCCCCUGAUCGGGUGGAUCAACAUGAUCGAGGCGUUCCAAAAGGUCGACGUCGACGUGCCGGCCAACCUGGUCUUCUGCUUCGAGGGCAUGGAGGAGAACGGGUCUUUCGGCCUCCGGGAGGCCCUGGAGGAGGAGGCGGACAAGUACUUCGCCGACGUGGACGUCGUCUGCAUCGCCGACGUCGUGUGGGUCAGCGACGAGCAGCUCAGCAUCCCGCAGGGCCUGAGGGGCAUCAUCUUCUACCUGGUGACCAUCACCGGCGCGAGGCAGGACGCCCACAGCGGCGGCUUUGGCGGCCAGAUCUCGGAGCCGAUGAUCGACAUGGUGAACAUCAUGGCGUCGCUGGUGGACUCGAACGGAAAGAUCUUAAUUCCCGGCAUCUACGACAACGUCCAACCCGUCACGGAAAAGGAGUACGAGAGCUACAAAGAGCUCAACAUCUCCGAGGACUCCUUGUACGGCGGCACGGGAGGGAGAAGUCUCCACGACAACCAGGCCGAUGCCCUGAUCGCUCGAUGGAAGAAGCCGUCCCUUAGUCUCCACCGAAUCGAGAACGCGUUGCCCGGCGCCGGGGCCGUCACCUCGAUCCCUGCGAAGCUGGUUGGAAAGUUCAGCAUUCGGACUGUGCCCUUUAUGAAGGCGGAGGAGAUUGACGUAAUCGUGCGGAGGCACAUCCAAGACCGGUUCGCCAGCCUCGGAAGCAAGAACGACAUCGAGAUCGAGGCGUACCCGAGCGACUGGUUCUACGAGGACGCCGGCCAUUGGAACUACCAGGCGGCAAUCCGGGCAACUCGGAAUGUCUGGGGUGUCGACCCAGCCAUGACGUGCGAGGGUGGCAGUAUACCCAUCGCCCUGGACUUCAAGAAGAUCCUGAAGAAAAACGUCCUGUUGCUUCCCGUUGGGAGACCCACGGAUGGGCAGCACAGCACCAACGAAAAGCUUGAUAAGAGCAACUACAUCAAUGCCAUCAAGCUCUACGGGUCUUACCUGAGGGAGGCAGCAACCUUGUGGCGUGAGAAUAAAAACAGGGUGUCUAGUGCAUAACCUUU